GGGCGGUCCUGCGCAGUGGCCUUCCCUGGGGCGCGGGCACCCGGACACUGCAGAGGGGGAACUGCGUCCUUGGCGGGGACUAGGACCCGGGAGGCUAAAAUUGGGGCGCAGACAGGGGCCCCGCUGCUGCUGGUGUCACCCGCCUCUGGCCCGACGCUUGGCGCCCAGAGCCGCCCUCAUCCCCAACCUGGUCCCGGCCGGGGUCCAGAGGCGGCGGAGCCCACUGGCCGGCCUCCUGAGCGGCCGCCCGGAAGACCCGGAGAAGUGGAUUGCAGGGGGCGGCGGGGGUCAGGGGUCGAGUCCUUCGCGCCGGCUGGGGCUCCAGAGAUCCGGGCUUUGCCGAGCGCCUCGCUCUCGGGCCGGGCCGGGCGAGGCGGCUGGGAGCGCAGCCUGCAGGCUGGGCUGGCCCUUCGACGGCGGCGGGCGCUGGGCGGCGGGGUCCGGCGGCCGGAGGACAAAGGACCCGAGAAGAUGGGGAACUCCUACGCCGGGCAGCUGAAGGCCACGCGGUUCGAGGAGGUCCUGCACAACUCCAUCGAGGCCUCCCUGCGCUCCAACAACCUAGUGCCCCGGCCCGUCUUCUCCCAGCUCUACCUGGAGGCCGAGCAGCAGCUCUCCUCCCUGGAAGGUGGCAGCCGCGUGGACAAUGAGGAAGAAGAGGAAGAGGGGGAAGGAGGACCAGACCCCAACGGUCCCCCCAAUCCCUACCAGCUGCCCCCCGCACCCGAAGGCUGCUGCACCACGGAUGGGUUCUGCCAGGCCGGGAAGGACCUGCGCCUCGUCUCCAUGUCCAGCGAGCCCGUCGACGUCCCCGCAGGCUUCCUGCUGGUGGGGGCCAAGUCCCCCAGCCUGCCGGACCAUCUCCUGGUGUGUGCAGUUGACAAGCGGUUCUUGCCGGACGACAACGGCCACAACGCUCUGCUUGGUUUCUCUGGGAACUGCGUGGGCUGUGGAAAGAAGGGCUUCUGCUACUUCACGGACUUCUCCAAUCACAUAAACCUGAAGCUGACCACCCAGCCCAAGAAGCAGAAGCACCUGAAGUACUACCUGGUCCGCAAUGCCCAGGGGACGCUGACCAAGGGACCUUUGAUCUGCUGGAAGGGCUCAGAGUUCAGAAGCCGGCAGAGCUCCGCUGGGACUUGCUCCAGCUCUCUCUUCCCGCCGCUGGACAGCUCGGGGCCUCUGGCUGCCUUCCCCAGCGAGUCCGUUCCUGGGACGAACCCCGGCGUCCUGAUGGGAGCCCAACAGGCAGGACCAGCCCCCGACCACCCCUCGCUGACCUCAGCCUCGGGCCCAGCUGUCUUCAACGGCAAAGAUUCCCCCAAGCACCAGCAGCUGGCGAAGAGCAGCCUGUCAGCCGCGCCUCGGCCCUCGGCCCUAGGUAUCUUGCCAAACUCCGGGCCCCCAAAAAAACGCCACAAAGGGUGGUCUCCAGAAUCUCCAUCAGCUACAGAUGGCGGCUACUCUCAGAGUAGCGGGAACAGAGCUAAGUAUGAGGGUGCAGGUGUGUCCUGUGUGCCUCAGGCUGGCUUGGUGGGACCAGCCUCAGUCUCCUUUCCCGUGGUGGCCUCUGGAGAACCAGUGUCGGUCCCUGACAACUUGCUGAAGAUAUGCAAGGCCAAGCCGGUGAUAUUUAAAGGCCACGGGAACUUCCCUUACCUCUGCGGGAACCUGAGCGACGUGGUGGUCAGCCCCCUGUUGUACACCUGCUACCAGAAUUCCCAGUCCAUCUCCAGGGCGUACGAACAGUGCGGAGCCUCCAGCAUCCAGCCCAUCUCGGAGGAGAUGCAGCUUCUGCUCACUGUCUACUACCUCGUCCAGCUGGCGGCAGACCAGGUGCCUUUAAUGGAGGACUUGGAGCAGAUCUUCCUCCGCUCCUGGCGUGAGUCACACCUGACUGAGAUCCGGCAGUACCAGCAGGUGCCUUCCCAGCCCUACCCACCUGCGCCAAGCACCGCAACACCAGUGACCUCUGCGCAGCUGCCCUGGUUGGCUGGCCUGGCCGCCAGCUCCUGCAACGACAGCGUGCACGUCAUUGAGUGCGCCUACUCCCUGGCCGAGGGCCUCUCCGAGAUGUUCCGCCUGCUCAUUGAGGGCAAACUCGCCAAGACCAACUACGUGGUCAUCAUCUGUGCCUGCCGGAAUGCGGCCAUCGACUCCUGUAUUGCUGUCACUGGAAAAUACCAAGCCCGGAUUCUUUCUGAGAGCCUCCUCAGCCCAGCGGAGUACCAGAGGGAAGUCCACUACGAGCUGGUGACGGGGAAGGUGGACUCCUUGGGGGCCUUUUUUAGCACCCUCUGCCCAGAGGGGGACAUGGACAUUCUACUGGACAAAUUCCAUCAGGAAAAUCAAGGCCAUGUUUCUUCCUCGCUCCCUGCCUCCUCUGUCACUCAAGCAGCAGCCCUGGACGUCAGUGGGACACCUGUGUGCACAAGUUGCCACCUGGAGCCGCGUGGCGUCCGGCCCUUCCAGCUGGCAGUGGCCCAGAAGCUCCUCUCCCACGUGUGCUCGAUUGCGGACUCCAGCACCCAGAACCUGGACUUGGGCUCCUUCGAGAAGGUGGACUUUCUAAUUUGCAUUCCGCCCUCGGAAGUGACCUACCAGCAGACCCUGUUCCACAUCUGGCAUUCAGGUGUUUUACUGGAGCUUGGCCUGGAAAAGGAGCCCAUGACCAAGCAGCGGGUGGAGCAGUACGUUCUGAAGCUAGAUGCAGAGGCGCAGACGAGAUUUAAGGCCUUUCUGCAAAACUCCUUCCAGAACCCGCAUACCCUCUUUGUGCUAAUCCACGAUCAUGCCCACUGGGAUCUUGUGAGUAGCGCUGUUCAUAACCUCUAUUCUCAAAGUGACCCGCCUGUGGGCCUGGUGGACCGACUACUCAACUGCAGGGAGGUGAAGGAAGCCCCCAACAUCGUGACCCUUCACGUGACCUCUUUCCCUUACGCGCUGCAGACACAGCACACCCUCAUCAGCCCCUACAACGAGAUCCACUGGCCCGUCUCCUACAGUAACGGAGUGGACUUGUACCAUGAAAACAAGAAGUACUUCGGGCUGUCGGAGUUCAUUGAAUCCACCCUUUCGGGACACAGCCUUCCCUUGCUCAGAUAUGAUAGCUCCUUUGAGGCCAUGGUCACUGCUUUAGGAAAAAGGUUCCCCCGCCUGCACAGCGCGGUGAUCAGGACCUUUGUUCUCGUGCAGCACUACGCCGCCGCCAUGAUGGCGGUGCGCGGCCUCCCGCAGAUGAAGAACCACACGUCGGUGGAGACGCUGGAGAUCACGCAGAACCUCCUCAACGCCCCCAAGCAGUGCCCCUGCGGCCACGGGCUCAUGGUCCUGCUGCGGGUGCCCUGCUCGCCCCUGGCGGCCGUGGCCUACGAGCGGCUGGCCCACGUGCGGGCGCGGCUGGCCCUGGAGGAGCACUUCGAGAUCAUCCUGGGCAACCCCAGCUCGGGCAUCACCGUGGGGAAGCACUUCGUGAAGCAGCUCAAGAUGUGGCAGAAAAUCGAGGACGCAGAGUGGAGGCCUCAGACCUACUUGGAGUUGGAAGGCCUGCCGUGCAUCCUGAUCUUUAGCGGGAUGGACCCGCAUGGGGAGUCCUUGCCAAGGUCCCUGAGGUACUGUGACCUGCGUCUCAUAAACUCCUCCUGCUUGGUGAGAACAGCCUUGGAGCAGGAGCUGGGCCUGGCUGCCUAUUUUGUGAGCAAUGAGAUUCCCUUGGAAAAGGGAGCCAAGAACGAGGCCCUGGAGAGUGAUGGGGAGAAGCUGAGCAGCACAGACAAUGAGGACGAGGAGCUGGGGACAGAAGUGUGUUUUGAAGCAGGCUCCACCUCGGAGAAGAGGAGCCCUGUGAAGAGGGAGCGGUCCUCCUCUCACGACUCGGCGUCCUCCUCCCUGUCCUCCAAAGCGUCCAGCUCAGCACUCUGCAGCGAGACCUCAGCUCAGGUGUCUGGGCCCCCGCAGGGAGAUCAGGCCAGAUCACCCCCGCCCUGUGGCCCCGCAGAGGAGGCCAGGGCCGCGGGGGAGAAGCUGUGGCUCCGAACAAGUCAGGGUCCACCGAUGGGCAUCAGCAGGCAGGGCCCUGGACACCCCCCACCGCCAGACUGUGGCCUCAGGACCAGCCAGAGGGGCCUGCAGGUGUCGGUCACAGCUUCUUCCCAGCUGCCCUCCUUGGGCUCCACCUCCAUGUCCACGGCACCGGCCACUGGCACGCUCGUCCUGCAGGCCUCACAGUGCUCCGUGACCAAGGCCUGUCGGCAGCCGCCCACCGUCUUCCUGCCCAAGCUGGUGUACGACGUGCUCGUGUCCACCGACAGCAGCGGGCUGCCCAAGGCCGCCUCCCUCCUGCCCGCACCCUCAGUCAUGUGGACCAGCUCCUUCCGGCCCCUGCUCAGCAAGACCAUGACGUCCACAGAGCAGUCCCUCUACUAUCGGCAGUGGACGGUCCCCCGGCCCAGCCACAUGGAUUAUGGCAACAGGGCCGAAGGCCGCGUGGACAGCUUCCACCCUCGCAGGCUGCUGCUCAGCGGACCCCCUCAGAUCGGGAAGACGGGCGCCUACCUGCAGUUUCUCAGCAUUUUGUCCAGGAUGCUCAUUCGGCUGACAGAAGUGGAUGUUUAUGAUGAAGAAGAGAUCAACACCAGCCUCCGAGAAGAAUCGGAUUGGCAUUACCUCCAACUCAGUGACCCCUGGCCGGACCUGGAGCUGUUCCAGAAGAUGCCAUUUGACUACAUCAUUCAUGAUCCCAAGUAUGAGGAUGCCAGUCUGAUCUGUGCCCACCAUCAGAGCAUCAAGAGUGAAGACAGGGGCAUCUCCCGGAAGCCCGAGGACCUUUACGUGCGGCGUCAGACGGCGCGGAUGAGGCUGUCCAAGUACGCGGCCUACAACACGUACCACCACUGUGAGCAGUGCCACCAGUACAUGGGCUUCCACCCCCGCUACCAGCUCUAUGAGUCCACCCUGCACGCCUUUGCCUUCUCUUACUCCAUGCUAGGAGAGGAGAUCCAGCUGCACUUCAUCAUCCCCAAGUCCAAGGAACACCACUUUGUCUUCAGCCAACCCGGAGGCCAGCUGGAGAGCAUGCGCCUUCCCCUCGUCACAGACAAGAGUCACGAAUAUAUAAAAAGCCCGACGUUCACUCCAACCACUGGCCGACAUGAACACGGACUCUUUAAUCUCUACCACGCGAUGGAUGGCGCCAGCCACUUGCACGUGCUGGUGGUCAAGGAGUACGAAAUGGCCAUCUAUAAGAAGUACUGGCCCAACCACAUCAUGCUUGUGCUCCCGAGCAUCUUCAACAGCGCUGGAGUGGGUGCUGCCCAUUUCCUAAUCAAGGAGCUGUCCUACCAUAACCUGGAGUUGGAGCGGAACCGGCAAGAGGAGCUUGGGAUCAAGCCGCAGGACAUCUGGCCUUUCAUUGUGAUCUCAGACGACUCCUGCGUGAUGUGGAACGUGGUGGACGUGGACUGUGCGGGGGAGCGGAGCAGGGAGUUUUCCUGGUCAGAGAGGAACGUCUCCUUGAAGCACAUCAUGCAGCACAUCGAGGCCUCCCCCAACAUCACCCGCUACGCCCUGCUGGGCAUGCGCAAGUGGGCCAGCAAGACGAGGGGCGGCGAGGUGCGGGAGCCUUUCUCCCGCUGCCAUGUGCACGAUUUCAUCAUCCUGAACGUGGACCUGACCCAGAACGUGCAGUACAACCAGAACCGGUUCACGUGUGACGAUGUGGACUUCAACCUGCGGGUGCACAGCGCCGGCCUCCUGCUCUGCAGGUUCAACCGCUUCAGCGUCAUGAAGAAGCAGAUCGCGGUGGGUGGACACAGGUCCUUCCACAUCACCUCCAAGGUGUCUGAUAGCUCCGCGGCGGUCGUGCCGGCCCAGUACAUCUGUGCCCCCGACAGCAAGCACACGUUCCUGGCGGCCCCGGCCCAGCUCCUACUGGAGAAGUUCCUCCAGCACCACAGCCAGCGCUUCUUCCCACUCUCCCUGAAGAACCACAGCCACCCCGUGCUGUCCGUGGACUGCUACCUUAACCUGGGGUCUCAGAUCUCUGUCUGCUACGUGAGCUCCAGGCCCCACUCUCUGAACAUCAGCUGCUCGGACCUCACGUUCAGUGGGCUGCUGCUGUACCUCUGUGACUCUUUUGUGGCAGCUAGCUUUUUGAAAAAGUUUCAUUUUCUGAAAGGUGCCACGUUGUGCGUGAUCUGUCAGGACCGGAACUCGCUCCGACAGACAGUUGUCCGCCUGGAGCUGGAAGACGAGUGGCAGUUCCGGCUGCGGGAUGAGUUCCAGACCGCCAAUGCGAAAGAAGACAGGCCGCUCUUUUUUCUGACUGGACAGCACAUCUGAGAGCUGCCCAGAGCUUUGGAGAGUGGAUGGGCAGAGCUCUCCUGCUGUUGGGGCCAAAGAUCCUGGGACCAUGAGGUGUUAGAGCCGAACAAGCCCCAGAGACUCUCUGCUGUGCAGCCCUCCCACCAUGGUACAUGCUGUGCCUGUGGCUGCAUGCUGGGCAGUGACUGGGGGCCAUGAGGACCAGUCUCUGAUGGGCAGGACCGAAAACCCAAGACCCUGUGGCCUGGGUCAGACCUCUCAGCCUUGGUUCUGUGAAGUCCAUUUUAUGAAGAAGGAGGUUUUGCUCUCUCUCCUGCCACUCACGUGCUUCCGUGGACAGCCCUGACUUCUUUCACUCUGAAGAGCCUGGGACGACCUUGUGAGGUGCAAGUAUUUCAGGCAGUGGGUGUGACUGCAGUAGGUAGAUGUCCCCGUAACUUCCUCCAAAGCCAUAUUCUAUAGGAUCAUUUAUCCAUAAAGACUGGAGACAAGAAAAAAUAGGAAGUGGAUCAUUUUAAUGAGAAUUAGAAUUAUUUAAUUCCCUGCCAGUUUACUCUUUCAGGAGCUAGCCCAGAGGCACCAAAUUUAAUAAGGUAAAAUGAAUUAUUUUACUUCAGAGCAAAUAUUAUUCUAUUAAAAUAGGAUUGGGUAAAUACCCUAUCUUUUAGAAAGUGCAAAAUUAAAAAGAAGCUAUCUUUAAAACUAAAUGGCUUUAAGGAGGAAAUUAGAGUUAUAGAAGUUGACCUAAAAUUUUCCUUACAAAGGAAAGGACAGCAUUGCUUACUUGGAAAAAUAAUGAAAACAUCCAAAGAAAUGCAUGAAAUAGUUAAGAACUAGACUUAGGACUAGGACUCAGAGAAGCCCAGUUUGCAGCUCCUAGGUAGCAUGUUUUCUCCCAUUCCUGCUUGGCUCCUGGGGGGAGAGUCUCCCCUGACCAGAGAGGAGGUGGCAGAAAAGCAAGCAUGUGCCCCAGGUUGACACUUUCACAGCCGCAGCGCCUGCUAAAACCAGCAUCCUAGAGCGCCACCUACAGGCCAGAUGCUGUUCCAUGGUUAUCCGAAUUCUCUCCCUUUGGGAAAGCCAGAAAGUUGGGAUGCGACUCGCCAAGGUCAAACAGCUGGCCAGAACUAGAAGCACAAUUCCAACUAUUGGUCUCAGGACUCCACGGUCCAGGACUCUUCCCCAUACCACACUGCUUUUGAAGUAGUCCACAGCUGAAGGAAAAGUUUAAAGAUAUUAAAAAAUUAAUCAUCAGAAUGCAUUCUUCCAUGUCCACAACUGGAGCAGAAACUGUUUUUAAAAAUGAUGCCAAAGAGUUCGGGUCAAUCUCUUUUUCCCCUAUGGAAGAAAGUCCACCAGUCUAAAAUAUUCAGAUCAAUGUUUAUAAAAUGAUCACUUUGUAUAUGUAAUUAUUCCUAUUUUGGAAUAAAAACUGACCUUUAGUUAAACCUGCCUUUUGUAAAUAGUAGCUCCUGUGUCAUUCUCUCCAUUUUAUUAGUUAAUUUAAACUUGGAGCAAAACAAAAACCCAAACUAAUACUUUUGUCUGUUCCAGUCUUAUAAAUAAAACUUACAGUGCACUUAU